AUGCGAAACCACAACAUGCUCUUCCCGCAGCACCACCGUCCAUGCUCUCCCGCUGUCCAGUUCUUAGUCUUUCUCAUCGUUGCAGUGAUCGUCAUUGCCGGUUUCAUUGCCUUCAUUUUCUAUCUCAUUAAUCCUCACCCUCCAAAUUUCACAAUCAAGUCCGUGUCAGUCUCUCCUUUCUCAAUCUCCAAUGCUCAAAUCACCGCAGCAUGGCAUAUACUCUUCUCCCUUACAAAUCCUAGUUCCAAAGCACGAAUCACUUGCCAACAUGUCAAGAUUUUUGCAUACUACAGAAAAACACUUCUUUCAUCAUCAACACUACCUUCUCUUCACUUUGCUGAGAAUUUCCAUGGUUCGUUCUCAGCGAACAUAUCUGCGUCAUCUGUACUAAUUGAUAACAACGUUGCGAAUGCCAUUGUGAUGGAUUGGAAGCAAGGAGUAGUGCAGUUUAACUUUAAGGUGCGUGCAAGGAUCGUGUUCGAAUAUUUUACAUUGAUGAAGAAGCGACGGAGGAUAACAGUCACUUGUGAGAAUGUGAAGAUCAUGUUCAAUACAACGGGUGGUUCUAUGUUGAAUGGCUUGAAAAACUGCAAGAUUGAUCUGUAA